AUGGCAUUUGCUAUUAAUUCAAAUGAAAGAUCUGUACCUUGGUAUAGUAAGAAUGAAUUUUUUGAAGUAUUUUCUUGGCUAAUUGAUUCUGAAUUAAAUUCGAAACACUUGGCACUUAACAGACUAAAGAUAUGGGAAGAAAGAAGCCAUGGGAUUACAAAGCAAUGCCCAAUUGCGGUAAUUAGUACUUCAUAUAUUUUACAUGCAAUGCUUCAAGAUAGAAUAUGGGAUUGGAGUUUUAUUAGCGAAGGAGUUAAAUCUGGGUGUUUAAAUGAAAAUUUCAAAAUUUUAGUGGAAAAUCUUUCAAAUGGAGAAAUGAAAACUUACCAGAAAAAUAUUAUUGACGGAGAUGGAGCUUCAGAUAUUUAUUAUUCCGGCAUAUCUCUCUCUAUUCAGAAUCAAUAUUGUAUGACAAUCAUACGAAUAAUCAAUUUAUUUGUGGAUCAAUGCCAAUUACAAUUUUACGCUAGAUCAAUAAGUGCUAUAUCAGCUGAAUUGGGAAUUCCUCAAAUUUUGGUAGAAAUAAGGCAUCAGGCAACGCAUGGCUCUGAGCUACCUUCUUUGGAAAUUUGUAGAGUAGGUGGAAUUUUGAUAUUUUUUUAUUUAAUAUCAAAUUAUUGGAAGAAUCAAUACGACUACUUAACACAAUCAAUAAUAGUGUUUAAUGAAAGUAUUUGCGACUAUUUUAAAGAAUUACUUUCUUUACUAUCCAAGAUGCAUUUUGAUUGGGAUGUUCAUUAUAAUUUGGUUGAAGAUGAGCAUUUACAGAGAGAAAACGCAACUUUAAUAGAUUCAUUUAAUCAUUAUAAUGAAAUCUAUCACAGUUCUUUAUCUAAAGUUGUACUUGAACAUAUUUCUGUAGAUAUCCCUAUAAGAAACAGGAUUUUAAAAUAUUUUCAAGAAAAAUCAAGAACUAAAAAUAAAAAUGAAAGGAAUUCUGCAAAUAAAAUGAUAAAAAUUUUAACAAAUUUUGAGCAAUUAAAUAAUAAUAGUAAUAUUAAAUCGGGGAAAUUAAAGAAAUGGGUGAAAAAAUGCUACUCACUAUUGCCUUCCUUUUAUCAUUUAAUUGAAAAAAUUACAAUUACAAUUAAUAACUAUGAAGCAGAUGAAGUAAUUCUAAAAGAGUUUAUAAUUGAUCUAAUAAAUAAUAUUUGCCCACUAUGUUGCCCAAUUUCUGAAGUUGCAAUAUUAUUUCUAUUAAAAUUAGUAAGUAAUAAUAUAAAAAUUGAAGUUCUUUCAAAAAUAAUAACAGUAAUGCUUGAAAAUGAGUGUUUAUCGAGAAAUAAUUAUCUUAAACAGCACAAAAGCAAAAUAUUUAAAACAUGCAAGCAAGUUAGAAAAAUUAGGCUUUUUUAUUGGCUUAGAAUACUACUACCAGAUAUAGGAAUCAUUCAAGGCGACAAAUCACCAAUAGGUAUUAAUUUUAAAUGUAUAAACAACAAAAAAGUGGUUGAGGUCAUUCUUUUGCUAACUUUUUAUAAAAAAUUGGAAAAAUCUAAUAACAAAAAGAAGUUGAUAAAUUACGAAAAGGUCAUUGAGACACUCAACUUAUCAAAAUAUUCAAUGUUGAUUGUUUUUUCGGAGUUAGUUAGUUCAAUUCCUGACAUAAUAAUAAGAAAUAAGACUAAAUUAAAUUACUUUUCUUCAAGUAUAAUGCAUUUGCUUAGUGAUUUGAAAAUAUUUGAUUCCACAUCUAAAUUGUUAUAUCUUCUAUUUGAUGAAAAUAAAGAAUUAAUUUCAAAUCACUUAGAAUUAUUUAAGCAAUUCUUAAAAAUUGGAAAUGAAGAUGAUUCAUUUGAAGAUGAAUAUUUAACUAAGCCAAAUAAAAACUGUAGAGGAGUUAUUAUUGAGAAUUUUGGAAUAACUCCAUUAUUGAGGGUUGGGACAAGCUGGGAUAAUGAAAACUUAAAAAUCAUUGACCAUAUUAAUUUAUUUAAAAAUGAUAGUUUUACGAAGGAAGAGUCUAAUAGGACAAAUCCCAAUAUAAAAAAUACAAAUCCUGAUAAGGAAACGGUUCAUGAUGUUGACGUAAUUGAUAUAAUUACAUAUGACUGUGGCGAUGUUCAGCCUUUGAAAACAAUAACAUUCAAUAUGGAAUAUAAUUAUUGCACUGGGGAGCAAAAUUGCCCAAUGAAUAUAUGUUUACUAAAUGCAGAAGCGUUUAUGAGGAAAAAUAUUGGUCUAAAGUAA